GCCGGUGGAAGAUAAGCCGGCUUUGUGGACACAGGGGUUGGUGAUGAAGUUGCCGGUGGCGCCAAUAUCAAGGAGGGCCCUUAACUUCACCGUCGAUGCACCGAGGGGAACGGGAAUGAACUUGAGCUGGAAUUGUACGGAUCCGGCACAAGCAGAGGAGAUCAUAGUGUUGAGGCGGCGUUGCUCGAGGCCUAAUCUAAUGAGCCGAUCGUGUCGGGCUUGUUCCUCAACAAGAUUCGUGAAAGUGGUGGCGGAUGGGUUAGGGAAGAGGGUGGAAGAACACGUGGCAGUGGAGGGUUCAUCCGACGGAAUAGGGGACAUCGUCGGGAGGGGGGCAGGCGGAGUAGACUAUGACACCCGAAGUUUGUCCGGUGGGAUGGGAGGUGGAGUGGCCACGGUGGAGGUAGUGGUGGGUGAAGAUGGCGGUGAUGUUAAUGUGGAGGUUGAAGCGGAGGCUUGUCCAGAGGAGGGGUUGGUUUGGGGUGUGGAGGAGGGGGGUGUGGUCAUGGUGACGACCGUGAUGGCGGGGGUGUUUCCCUCGAGCGUGGUGACACGGUCGGAGAUGGCGUCCAUGGUGGUGUUGAUGGUGUCAAGGGAGGAUUGGAGGGCGGUCAACGUUCGGAGGAAAGUUGCAAGUUCUAGGGUGGCGGUGGUCGAAGUUGGCGGAUUGCCUGCGAGUUCGCGGGCAAUGCUAUCGACGGAGUCAGAGCGAAGAUCACACAUGUUGAUGGAUGAUUGAGCCAUGUUGGGGGAAGAGGGGGUGGAGGACGCGGCCGGAACAGAUGUGGAGGAUGCACCAGCAGCAGUGGCGGCGACACCAGCAGCGGUGUCGGUGGCGGCGCGUUGGGAGUUCUUGGUUUGGCGUGGUGGCAUGUGGGGAUGGGGGACACAAUUUCUUUAUCAAUAAAUUCAAAAUAAGGAUAAUUGUCGAGAUUUCGAAGGGAAUAAGAUUGGGGGGGAAGGGAAAGUGGGAAUUAAUUUUGAGUAAAUAAAUUUAUUCCGACUUGGAAUUUUAUUUAUUCGAAAUCAAUUCAAAAUAUGGGUAGAAAACCGUAGAACAAAAUUUUAGGAGAAGA